UCGCUUGUGCUUCGCGGUGGGCGGGACUGGCGCGCGCUGUCAGCCAUAGUCGCGCGGCGGGCUGUGUUAGCCUGAAUUAGCCGACUAGGAGUGGGUACCGCAGCUCCCCGCAUCACUGGACCGGUCCACCCGAAAUAUGGCUGGUGUUAUCCGAAGGCUAGACGAAACCGUGGUGAAUCGCAUUGCGGCCGGUGAAGUCAUUCAGCGACCCGCCAAUGCUAUUAAAGAAAUGAUAGAAAACUGUUUAGAUGCGAAGUCAACCAGUAUUCAGGUGACUGUGAAGGAAGGAGGACUGAAGCUUAUCCAGAUUCAGGACAAUGGGACAGGCAUCAGGAAAGAGGACAUGGAAAUAGUAUGUGAGAGGUUUACAACAAGUAAACUUCAGAAGUUUGAAGACCUCACAGCCAUCAGCACAUAUGGAUUCAGAGGGGAGGCCUUAGCCAGUAUAAGUCAUGUAGCUCAUGUGACUAUAACAACGAAAACAGCUGAUGGGAAGUGUGCCUACAGAGCCAGUUACAGCGAUGGGAAGCUAAAGGCGCCUCCCAAACCCUGUGCAGGAAAUCAGGGGACCCAGAUCACUGUAGAAGAUCUGUUCUACAAUGUGUCCACGCGCAGGAAGGCCUUAAGGAGUCCAAGUGAGGAGUAUAGCAAAAUUGUGGAGGUGGUAAGCAGGUAUGCUAUUCACAAUUCAGGAAAGAGCUUUUCAGUUAAAAAGCAAGGGGAGACCAUGGCAGAUGUGAGGACGCUGCCCAACGCCUCAACGGUGGACAACAUACGGUCCGUGUUUGGCAACACGGUGAGCAGAGAGCUGAUCGAAGUGGGCUGUGAAGAUCUGAAAUUGAGCUUCAAGGUGAAGGGUUACAUCUCCAAUGCCAACUACUCAGUCAAGAAGUGCAUCUUUUUACUCUUUAUUAACCACCGUUUGGUAGAGUCCAGCGCUCUGAAAAAAGCCAUAGAGACUGUCUAUGCUGCCUACCUUCCCAAGAACACACACCCUUUCCUUUACCUCAGUCUAGAGAUCACCCCGCAGAACGUCGACGUCAACGUUCACCCCACCAAACAUGAGGUCCAUUUUCUUCACGAAGACGCCAUCAUUGAGAGCAUCCAAAGGCACCUGGAGGCCAAACUGUUGGGCUCCAACUCUUCACGUACCUAUUUUACGCAGACUCUGCUCCCAGGACUUUCUGGUUCCUCUGGUGGAGAUGUCGUACCCUCCUCCAGUUCUGUGCCAGACUCCAGCCAGCGCAUCUACGCUCAGCACAUGGUGCGGACUGACUGCCGUGCCCAAAAGUUAGAUGCGUUUCUGCAGCCCAGCGUGCGGACGGAGCAGCCCAGCGAGCGGACGGAGCAGCCCAGUGAGCGGACGGAGCAGCCCAGCGAGCGGACGGAGCAGCCCAGCGAGCGGACGGAGCCAUCCAGCACUGAGGUCCAGUCAGAGAGUCCAGACCAGCAGCAAGAGGAUAUUGAGGAUGCAGCACUGCUGACUGCCCUGGCGCAGGAGGAGGCCAGCAUCUCAGCAGACAUCCAGGGAUGUAGUACUCCUCUUUCAGACCUCUCCACUAGAAAGCGCCCUCGAGAGGGGUCUGAACACGAGCCGUGCCCCGCUGCUGCUCCCCACAGACGUAUUAUCAAGCUCACCAGCAUUAAGGAGCUGCGAGCCCAAAUAAGCGAGCUGUCUCACACAGGCCUGCAGGAAAUGCUACAGAACCAUACCUUCGUUGGCUGUGUCACUCCUCAGUGGUCCCUGAUCCAGCACCAGACUAAACUGUACCUGCUAGACACCACCAAGUUCAGCCGGGAGCUCUUUUACCAGAUUCUGAUCUACGACUUUGGGAACUUCGGUGUUUUGCGACUGUCUAACCCGGCACCCCUUUACGACCUGGCAAUGCUGGCACUGGAGAUGGAGGAGAGUGGUUGGUCAGAGGAGGAUGGACCUAAGGAAGGUUUGGCCCAGUACAUUGUGGAAUUCCUGCAGAAGAAGUCAGAGAUGCUAGAGGACUACUUCUCCAUGGAAGUAGACCAGGAUGGCAAUCUGGUUGGACUGCCACUGCUGCUGGAUGGCUACAUCCCUGCCAUGGAAGGGCUGCCCAUGUUUGUGCUGCGUCUGGCCACCGAGGUGAACUGGGAGGAUGAGAAAGAGUGCUUCGGGGACUUCAGUCGCGAAUGCAGCACAUUCUACUCCAUCAGAAAGCAGUAUACCAUGGAGGAUGUGACGGGGGUGGAACCUAAGCCAGAGGAUCAGGUUGGGUCGUCGUGGAGGUGGACUGUGGAGCACCUGCUCUUCAAAUCCUUCAGGACGCAUCUCAGCCCCCCACAGCACUUCAGUCAGGAUGGCAGUGUGCUGCAGAUUGCCAACCUGCCAGACCUCUACAAGGUGUUUGAGAGAUGCUAAUCUGGAAUGCUGAAGGAAAAAGAAAAAAACUCGGAGAUAUCUGCAAGUGUUUAUUUUUCUUUAACUUGACAAUAAAAAUGUUUGAUAAUUCCUACAAACCUACGCAAAAGCAUGUGUUGAAGUGAGUGUUGACUGAUUCGAGAUGCAGUUUUGAUGUAAAACCAUCUGAGUGAAGGAGGGCAGUGGAGUAACUGAGCCCCGAAGUCAUGCACCCUUCUGGGAAUGGAUUUUCCUGUCUCUACUGGGAUGCAGAACAGCAACUCAUCAACAAAUAUCCGGAAGAGUGAGGUAUCCACUGAAUUUCUGUGGUGUGGAAAGAACGGACUCCAUUUGCAUUAGAAAGUGUACUUUUAAUGUUGUAGCUGCCCCAGUCACAAUCACUGUGGUCCUGAGACUGAAAAUCCACUUGUUUCCCAAGCAGCAAAGAUAGUUUGAAAAAGUACAGCAUGUUUUCUUUUGUCGUUCUUUGCACCUCAAGUACUGACAACCUGUCUUUAAACAAAUCCAAUGUGCCAAAAUCCAUGCAAGAACAUCAACCCCAUAUAUACACGUCAUGUACAGUUGUUCUAAGAAAUAAUUUUAAAUAUUGCUCAAUUCCUCACCAAUGGAAACUCAAUAUAUUGUUAUUUGAUUCUACAUAUGUUUAAAACCUAAGUGCACCCUACUGAAAUACAUUAAUCUGUACCAGAAAUAACAAUCCUUUGUUUCAUCCUUAGUGUAGAAACGCGUGGCUCCGUGUAGAAGGCACUUGGUGGCUGGAGGCUGCUGCAGGCCAUUUGGGGCCAGACUCAUGCAACUUAUCAAAAAACUAGUUAAGCACCCAGCUGGAAACACAAAAUCGUGGUGAGUAACAUGAUGUGUAAAGCUUUCAGGGAAAGGAAAAAAAAAAAAAAAAAAGCUCAAAAA